AUGGCUGCCGAGCAGGCUCCGUCUGGCGACCUCGGCCUUGACUCCAUCCGCCCGCUCGGGUGUCUCGCCCCGAACCUGCUGAUGGGCAUGCUGAUGCUCACCGCCGCCGCCGGGCCGGGCUCAGAGACCGAGGCCGAGCUGAAGCGUGUGUUUCGAAUGGAGAACCCGGGCCCACAGCUGCAGGCUCUCGUAGCCGCCAUGGAUGACGCUGCCGCUGCUGACCCGGAUGUGGCGCUCUCGUCGUCGCUGGCGGUCUUUUGCCGCGGUGAGCUCGCGCAGGGCUUCAGGUCGGCGUGCGGCCCGCGGGUGGCGUGCAAGGCCAUGCCGUCCAGCGCAGCGGGGAUCAACGCCUGGGUUCGCGACGCGUCGAGUGGGCUCAUCACAAGCAUCAUCGACAGGAUUGACUCGACCCAUGUCGCCAUCCUGCUGGCGGUCACUGCGCUCACUGCGCCAUGGGCCCGUCCCUUUGAUCCGGAGCUCACCACCGCCGCUAGCUUUGCCACCGCGCCCGAUGCCUCGGUACCGUGCGCCAUGAUGCAUGCCAAGCGGAAGUCGGUCGGUGACGACAUCGGACUUGUUGAGCUUCGCAAUUGUCGCGGCGUGACGCUGCCGUACGGAUCGGGCCGGUUUCUCGGCAUCUUCCUCCUCCCCGGUGCCAGUGAGGUCGAGCCGCCGUCGGCCUCGGCUGCGCUUGCGCUCGCCGACUGGCUUGUCGGCGUCGACGCCGGCCUCUCUGAAGUCCUUGCCGCUCGCCGCCGGCGAAAGGUCAGUGUCGCGCUUGCCAUUCCGCGGUUUACGGUCGAGGCGACAACGGGGCUCGUGCCCAUCCUCAAGGAGCUCGGCGUCCGCACCGCCUUUGACUUUACCACCGCCGAUCUAUCUGCGCUCUCCGUGACUCCUGGCAUUGCCGUCACUAACAUCAUCCACAAGGUGGUGAUCAAGGUCGAUGAGGCCGGCACGCGCGCUGCCGCCGCAACCGCUACAGCUGUCAAGUCUCGCAAGCGGGUCCAACUCUUUACCUUUACCGCCGAUCGCCCGUUUGUGUUUGCUGUCGUUGAUACUGUUACCACGAUGGUGCUCUUUGCCUCGGCCGUUCUCUCGGCUGCCCAAGACUAG